UGGAGGGUGGAGGAACAGCGUCUCGGACUCUCCGACAGUCCGCCAGUGACUGUCGCAGAGGGAGGGUGCGUGACGCUCCUCUCUCACACACCACCAGUCAGUGACGCCUCCCUCACCUCCCGCCGCUGGGACGGGCAUAUCCUGUAGUCUCCUAUAUUAAAAGUGCUGUCGUUAAGUGUGAGUGAUGCUACUGGAGAUGAGCGUGUUUUGACAACCUAAUAGGCUGUUAACACUUGCAUGAGUGGGGGAAACGGAUUUAAAAGUUUUGGUGCAAUAAACACGCCCAGAGGAGGAACAUUUAGCUGCUCCAUUCACUGGCUGGCGUGAGGGCGCAGGACGCAGCAGCAGCAGGUCCGGCCAGCCUUUAGUGGCACCUCGUCCACUGCGUCGCCAACACCUCCACCUCGGCGGUCUUCAGUAGCUGUGAGUCGAGAUCUCGCGGCGUCUCCAGCUGGGGGUCGGUCAGCUAAGCCUGCAGCUGCAGGUCUGGCCCUCUGACGGGGUUUAUUUUGAGUGUCCUGCACCGUCUACACUUGCAGGUCGGUCCUCACUGUUUGUGUUCUUCACAAGGCAACACCGCUCACAGCUUCAGGUCACCACAAAUCUACACCACCACCACCUGUGGUCUUUGGAUCAAGCGAGAUUCUCAGGCUCAGGCUUCCUUCAGUACAUUAAUCGACUAGAAAGUUUCAUCUGUUAAUUUGUUUCUGCCGAGACCAGCCAGGAAGUGAAGCAGGCCGGGUCACUCACAACAGAAGCGCCAAGAUGGGUCAAAGUGGCACUCCAGAAUGCGACGAGCUGACCAGAGUAAAUAAUCCGUCCUCGCCGAAGAAGGUGGAGGUGGUGAUGGGGCGAUGCUUUCCCCUGACCGACCUGGGUCACCAGCCGGGCACCACCAUCCCCGUGGUGAGGGGCGUCGUGUACAAGGAAGGGCGAGGCGCUCCUGGCACCAAGACGAAGAAAAGUUUCAUUACGAUUGAAAGCCGCUCGAGAGACAAGCAUGUAGAGAAGCAGAGGGGCGCCGACGAGGCGGUUUCCUCCGGCUACUCGUCCCAGUCAUCCGUUGCGUCGUCGAGGUGCUCGGACGUGCAGCAAAACGGUUUAAGUUAUUUGUGUAGAGGAACACCAGGUCCGCUCCUCGGUUCUUCUUGGGGCAGUGACGAUAAGCCAAGCAAUAAACAAGAGGCUGAGGAAAAGAAAAUGGUCAACAAAGAUCUUUCAGAAAGUAAGCCCAAACAGCGGCCGAUUUUGAGGCGGACUCAAUCAGCAGCUGUACAGGAGCCAGAUGAUGUGAUGGGCAAUGACGUCUACGCUCCUCGUCCUGAAGGUGAAGAAAAAGUUGUGCAAGAAGCAUCUACUAAGGAGCAACUAAGUGGUCGAGAUGCCUGGAAUAUUGUACAGAGAAAGAAAGCUCUCCUGCGAGAGGAGUUCUUCAGGGUGCCGUACGAGGAAUGCAACAGAGAGGCAGCAAGAAGUCUUGGUGGACGUCUGAACAAGUCUGAACCAAGGCUCCACACGGUCGGGAAAGAGAGGAAGAAGAGGAACUCACUCUCCUACAAACGCAGAGUUCAUUUUGACCUGGACGACAUGGACGGAGACGAAGAGAAGACCACAAAGAGUAAAACCAAGGUGCAUCACUCUAGAGGAGAGUGUGUGUCCGGCUAUGGCAUCACGUCCUGUGGUCAGGCGUCGAGGCAAGUGGCGGCUCCAAAGAAAGUUUUGGUGUCAAUAUAUUCCAUUGACGACGGAGUGAAAAAAGUCAGACAUUGUGAUAAUUCAAACCAAGCCACGUGUACCAGCACAGGAGAGGCCCCGGCACCUCGCGGACAUUCAGAAAAAGAAGAUCGAGAAUGGAAGAACAGAAGCCAGACUCGUCUAAAGACUGCACGACCCACCGACCUGGACAGCCUACAACGACAGACUACAGUAGGCUCACCGCUUUAUGAAAAUAGAAAUGAUUUGGACCUAUUGAAAAUGAAAAAACACAAAACUGUGUCGCCUGAGACGUCAAGUCCGGUAACAAAUGGAAGCUGUCGGUAUAAAUCUGUUGUCAGUGAAGACAAUAACUUCAAGACGAAUGUAUCGGGAAAGCCAGUUGGAGCCUCCUUCUCUAGUGGCAGUCCGUCCACCCCACAACUCUCCGUGCGCCCUCGUUCCUCAUCUGUUGCUAGCGCGCGCCUCACGAAACACACGUCCGAGCCGUCCACCCUCCCAGUCCAGUCGGUACCAGCCGCGCCUAAGUCAGGUUCUGAGGCCAUCUCGCGCCAGGCUCAACUCGUACGCUCUCAGUCAUAUCAAGGUCAUCUCCAGGAGGCACCGUCUCCCUCGCCACAAGCACAGUCCUCUGUGGCCAAACCUCGCCCAGGAUACUUAGAGCUUUCAAAUAUACAAACCCCCACGCAAACACACACACAAGCACCCAAACAGGUACAAGCGCUCACACACACUCCCUCACCCACACACUCUCCCUCGCCCACACACUCUCCCUCACCCACACACACUCCCUCACCCACUCAGAGAUCGACUAUUGUACGGACACCAGUUCCCAUUCCUCGAAGACGCUUAUCAAAGCAAACGUCGCCGUCCACCUCACAACCCUCCACCCCUCACACCUCACAAACCUCGGCGCUCACCUCGGAACUCUCCACACCUCACAGUUCAAAAUGCUCCGCCUAUCACAUCUCACAUCCUCUUAAAAACUCUCCCUCUGAAAACCUCACACAUUCUUCACAAUCUUCCAAUCCUUUCUUACGAAACCCCAAGCACAUCUCUACACACCCCUCUGCCUUUCACGAUUCACAACCUCCUCACACCUCACAACCACAGGCCAGUCACGCCUCAAGACCGGCCUACCAGCUCCCGUCUCCUAUCACCACACAUGACCCCACACUCGUCACCAUACAAGGUUCCAAUGGCAUCACCUCUCAUCCCCCAGAAAAUGGCGCCUCGCGACGCUCCACCCAGCCCAAUCCACAACCUUCUAACUGGUCUACUCACAUCCUCCCACAUGGAUCACCUAACUCCACUCCACAUCCGUCCACACGUCACACCCACAUUACCACCCCACAACCCUCUACCCACAUCACCUGCACCGACCUCACACAUCACCGAUCGAUACAGCCUAAGCAAAGCACUUUACAAAAAGCUAACUACAUCACUUUACAGACCCCAGAAAAUCGCUUUAAUCUAAGCUCAACAGAUACUCAAAACUCUGUAAACCAAAUCUCAUCUCAUCUGCAAGAAAACAGGAAACCUCAACUCAAAAGCGUGUUGGAUUCAAAUAACGCAGUCUACCCACUAAACGUUAACAAAGAAAACCAACGAGCAAAACCAAACAGGAAGAAAACGGAUUACAAUGAGCGGGGUAACACUGUAAAUAUUUUGAUGACGAUGGGGGAGAGUUACGCCAAACAUAACAUCGUCUUAAACAGUCGAGUGAUAUCAACAUUGCCCACAGUUACGGUCAAGAAGAUCUUGAUGCCUACGGCCUCUUCGCCCGUAAGAUGUUCCCCCUCACCAACGCCGUCUUGUGCCUCUUCGAGUUGUUCCUUUGGGUCGUCAGGCAGCUCCUCAGGGUGCUACUCCGGGUCGCCCACGCCCACACCCACACCCACGCCCACACCCUCGCCCACCAGGAUACGGGCGUCGGCAGUCCCAACAGAUUUAUAAAGAUGUUGGGUGAGAGGAGUGUGCGAGGGGAGGCCAGACCAGAGAGAGUAGCAGGGACUACACUCUACACACCUGCACGUCCUAGCAAGAGAAGUGGCCACUGAAUAUCUGGGUACACCUGCUCGCUCCAGAAGACACCUAGAAAUUAAAAAAUAAACUAGGCUAUACAUGGUGGAGGGACAAGCCCUGGCUUUGUGAGAGCUCAACCGCGUAUUGCGGCGUGUUAGGAGAGUGAGCGUGUGCAGAGUGCGGCUGUGAGAGCUCCUUGUGUCAGGAGAAGCUUGGCUGUGAUGUUUACAGCAGUCCCAGUGAGCUAAGGAGACUGGUGCUCCGUCCACUGACUACUGGCGUCUCACACCAUGGAUAGAGCAGCCGUCACCUGACAACUCUCGACCACUAUACACUACAAGGACCCGACACAGAAGGAAUGCUCUUCGUUGGGUUUAGCCAUAUAAUUGAGGAUUUUUAGUGUUAUUAGUGAUGAGGUAAGCGGGUACUGUCAUCAGCAGACGAGACCCAGCUGGCCAGACGGCUGGGCUGACUCACGGCUCCUGGCCACACUCACGGCUCCUGGCCACACUCACGGCUCCUGCUCUAGGAAACAUUGUCCCAAACACAACACUAGCACUAUCUGCCUCCCAACUGCACACAGUCUCUCACGAUGCCGCAGACGGUCUAAUGUUGUUAUUGCGAGAAGUAAAUAUGUGGUGACGAGCGUGAACUGUCAGUAUAUGUGUGAGGUGGGACCAGGCCAGGCGUAACACAGAGCUGUCUUCUGGGCAGGGUACUGGACACGCGCCACCACACAACAUCGCCCCUAAUCAUAAAAUAUCAAGCCACCGCGGAGCUCAGCCACCCACUAUCAAUAACCACCAAGUGAUUUGGGUUAACAAGACGACCACACCACACCACCACUGCCACCACUACACAGGGAGCAGCGCUGUGUAGACAGGUGACGCAACAAUACCAACACCAGGGACAGAUAGGAGUGUAUCCGCAAGAACACACUUAACAAUGUUUUAGUGUGUCACUGACUGGUUGUGGCAGAGGACCAGUGUGACGCCAGAGCUCUUCCCCUCCACCGCAGGGGCCCCAGCGGGUCUGUAUCGGUGCCAGGGGCUCCCGCCUACCGUAGGAGCCACUGUUCAGAGCCAUAGCGACUCUGUUCUUUAACCCUCAACCGCAGGAGCUGCUGAAGGGGAAUAUAGCAACAUAAAGACUGCCUCUCCCUACUGAAGGAGCUGUCUCUUGGAUAGUGGUCUGGGCCGAACAGUUCAAAGUGGAUAACAGACCAGAGGAACAUUUUCCACAAUACACUAAAAUUUGCAGCUUUAACUCGACAGAAGUGGUGACUAUAUAAAGAUAUAUAUAUAUAUAAAUUAAUAUAUUUAACAAGUGUUAAUAUAAUCUAGACUGAAAUGUAGCCGCAUAUGUGGAGCAUGUUAAGUGUUUCAUGCGUCGUGCUGAAGAGAUUUAACAUAGCCAGUAAAAUAGACAUUUUCUCCUAGCAACAUUUUACUAGUCCGCUUAUAUAGUUAUUAAUGUUACUGUCCACAAUCAUAUAUAUCCCCAAAGUAUGAUAACUUGCUUCUAGUGAAGUGGCCAGUCGUCAUCUUCCGAGAAUUAGAAGAUACUGGUCUUGGAGGACACGGUCACUUGCCAUUAUCAAUAAACUCGCAAGAUUCCAGAACAGAAAUUCGUAUAUAUGAAAAUAGUGUGGAGGGCGCGGGGAGUGAAUAGCACGGACCACCAGCUCCUCGCCUCGACGGCUGCCGAGAGAAGACCAGAGUCUGCGAAGACCUUUCCAGAGGGCGCUGUCAGAACACCUCCCUUGUACAGGCGGCUCGUAAGGCAGCAUC